GAUGAGCUUCAGGCCCAGUUGUGACCCCCUUGCAUCUUCUUCCUCUUCGAAUACGUGGUCUCCCUUAGUGCAACGGUUGGAGCAGGAGCAGGAGCAGCGGCAGCGGCAGCAGCAGCCUAGAGGGGGCGGAACAAUGGUGCCGCCGUCGCAGUACGGCAUCAAAUACGCCGUCCACAUCAUCUCCUCUCACUUCGGCGACCUCGUCGCUAAGGUGUGCGAGUGUCUCCUCCGACGAGGACCGUUGACGCACCGGAACAUCGUCCGCUUCAUGGAGAUUUCAGCUUCUCAAGUCAAAAACUGCUUGUUAGUCUUGAUCCAGCAGAAUUGUGUACAAGCCUUCUCCGUCGAACAUCCAGGUGGCGAUGAAGAUGAAUCGAGACGUAGCACUGAGUACAUGGCAGUGUUUGAUAAUAUAAUUCAUCGAAUGAGGUUCCCGAAGUUCGUAGCUGUUGUUUCGCAGGAACUUGACAAAGAAUGUGUAGAACUGUUUCAAGGUUUGCUCCAGCAUGGUAGGCUGACAUUGGAAAAGAUGAUUGACAGAGCUAAAUCUGGCCAAGAAGAUUGUCCUGCUCAGGAUGCUACACGAGAAACCCUUUCUAAACUCAUAAAUGCUAGAUUUGUUGAGCGCUGCCCAGACCCUGAGCCACAUCUUUCUCCACCAAGUGAAGAAGAAGGUCGUGCAAGAAAGCGAACCAAGUUUUCUAAGGUGGCUGCCGAGCCGCAGACUAUAGAAGAACGUGUUCUUGCUGCAGCAGCUCCAAUGGAAGCAAAAAGAUUCCUUACUAUCUUUCAUACCACUACUGAAGAAGAUGGUCAGAAGACGGAGUGUUCUUUCCCUGGUGUUGGUGAGAAGAGGAAGUGUGAUGCUUUGGAAUCAGAUAAAGAACUUGGAAGUGAUGGCAGCCAAGUACUUUGGCGCGUCAAUGUCCAGGAGUUCAUGCAUCGUUUCAGGCAUAAGGCUUGUGUUGAGAAUGUUCGAGAACGGCUUGAUGGUGGAGCGGCUGUUGCUCUGAAUGCAAUGCUUGAGACAUCCAGAAGCAUGGAGAAGAAAGUGAAAACAGAUAAUGCUGGUCCAUUGACAAUUAAUACGAUUUACGAAGAGGUUAUGAAAGGAGAAGCAGGACGUGCCAUGACAUUGGAUCAUCUUAGAGCAUCUCUUGUUAUGUUGGGUUGUGAAAGAGGGACAGAUGAGUCAUAUCAAAUUGAUUUGAAGAAUAUUAUUGAACUAGCUCAGAAUGAAGAGGUAGAGUCUGUUGUCUUGAAAAGAUAUGGCCGGGAAGCUUACAGAAUAUUUAGGUUACUGUCAAAGGCCAAUCGGCUAAUUGAGACUGACAAGAUCUCCAGCACUGCAUUUGUUGAUAAGACGGAGACAUCAAAAAUUCUUUUUAGGCUCUGGAAAGAUGAAUUCUUGCACAUGGAGAAAGUAGUUGUCACUGGACCUAGACAAACACAAUUCUUGUUGUGGAAAGUAAACAAAUCCACUCUUUGGCCCCAUGUGUUGGAUGAGAUGUACCAUGCUGCACUGAAUCUGAAUCUGAGGGUGGCCUACGAACUGGAGAAAGAAAAUGAGCUUCUGAAUCUUCCCAUUGAGAAAAGAAGUGGGCCGCUUGAGAAGAGGUACAAUCGAUUAAGAACCGUGAGGUUGCUGCUGGAAUCAUCUCUGAUGAAGCUUGAUGAUGCUAUCAUGCUGUUCCAUGACUUCUGAGAGACUUGAGGGCAUGUCGAUGCUAAAGCCAGUUGAUUGUGUAGACAUCAAUCUGAGCGCCAGGUACAUCAUUGGCUUAUUGUGUUAUAUCAUGAUUGGGUCCUAGAUAUGGCAGUUCCAUUCAUUCAUGUACUCAAUUGCUUCUUUUCUUGGUCAGCUCUAAUCGAGAGAUAAGAAGAUUUGUGAUUUAACUUAUGUUCCAGAGGAGUAAUAGGCUUUGAAGCAAUGGUGAUUUGAUGCCUGAGAAAGUUCUUUUAACGUGGUAGUAAAGAUUGAGCUGACUGCAUCAGGAACCUGACUAUUAAGGCAGUGCUCCUGAGUUGACACUGAAGCAAACUGAUAGGUCUGCAUCAUGUCUAAAAGGGCUUAGCAGUUUCUUCGUUCUGCAUUCUUGGGCAAGACUUUAAGCUUUAGCUGCUCGAAGUCGCGAGUCCAACAUGACCACUCAUUUGUGGUUGUAUUCACUUUGUUCAAAUUAAAAGCAAAGCAUGUUUGUACA